AUGUUUCAAACCAUUUCACACUCUCAAGAUGAAAAUCAACCACAAUUCGUGGAGAUGGAAGAAGAACACGAAGACCUUUCCUUUACGGACAUUGGAAUUCAACCAUACAAAUUCAUUGAAAUUCAUGUGACUUCGCACACGAUGGAUGGUGUCGGAAUGCACGCAAAAACUCUGUACCAAAUCGAAACACGUGUGAAAUCAACAAAAAUUGAAUUUAGAGCCUCUCGUCGAUAUCGGGAAUUUUUGAGUUUGUACACACAAUGUAAAAAACUACCCUCUUUGAUUUCGCUCUCAGACAUGCCUGAAAAGAAACCAUUCAAUCGUUUUGACGAAAAGGUCAUUCUCGAAAGACAAAGUCAAUUUCAAGUCAUUCUCAGAGAAUUGUUACGAUGUGGAGAAAUUUUUGUUCAAUCGAUUUUCAGAGAUUUUCUUGGAAUUCCACAACAAUUUUCACUAAUGAAUGUUUUAGCAUUUCACAAACAUCUCUUAUACUCAAUUUCAGAAAUUUCCAUGUCGGAAAGACAAUUUGAAUAUGACAUUCCCAUAGAAGCAUGGUAUCAUGAAGAAGUGAAAUUGUGGCUCGCUUCAAAGAAAAUGUUAGAAUUUGUCGACGUUUUUGAUAGGCAUCCAGAAUGGGACGGAAAAACCAUUUGGCAAUUUUGUACAAAAGGAGAGGGCGAACGUCUCAUUGUUGAAACGACAGAAGCAUCCACAGAAAAAAUUUCUCUUUUCCAUCAAUUAAGGCAAUUAAACACUUUACAAAACCUUCUUCUAGAGAAGAAGAAACAUCAUCAAAAUGGUGAUUUCACAUUUGACACCACUACUGGGCUUUUUUCGAAUGCAAGACCUCAAAAAUCUAACAAUAAUGAACACAUUCUAUUGGAUGAAUUUUUCGAUACGAGAGACUUGAAUUCCACUUCUUACGAUCCUGCCAAUGGAGAUGCAUAUUUGGAAAAUAAUUAUGAAUUUUUGCCUCUCAUUGAAAAACAACAUUUAACAGAAUUGGAAACUAGGAGAGUGAAAUGUUGUAUGGACAAGUUGAAAAAACUCGAAAGUGAGCUCAACGAAAAUUCUUACAUGAUUCUCUCUCAAAAUCUUGUCAUUGAAGAUCGAUUGUUAUAUUUAAAGUUGAAUCCACUGGUUGCCUCUCAUUCCGUUUUAUAUGACACGUCAUGUUCAACCAUUCAACAACCAUUAAGGAAAUCAUUGAAAAAACAAAAAAACGAUACUCCCUUUGUCAAUUUAAAACUCGUAAUUACUGAACUUUCUGAAAAUGCCAUUCACCGAUUACAACGAACUUUGGCUCACAAAUUUGGAAAGGUCAAUCAACAAUAUGGUUUUUUCCACACUGCUCUCGUUUUUGGACCUUUCUACUUGGAGUGGGGAGAUAGCUCCUAG